GAGGGCCUGGCUAUAAAUACCACUUGCUAGCGCCAAUGUUCAUCUCUCCCCAUUUCUCUCUCGUCUCCAUCAUGGGAACGCACACGCCGCUGCUCCCGGACACCGACCCUCCGCGUGCCCCCGCCGGCGCAAGGCAGAAACGACAGUCGUCGACCGUUUUCCUCGCCGUCGUCGUUUCUACCGUGCUCCUGCUCGCCCUCGCGGCGGUUAUGGUCUUCGCGACGCAGCACGACGACGGGCAGGGGGCCGCCAUGCCCGCGGGCGACGUCGCCGUGGGCCGCGUAAUGGAGGUGGCCGCCUCCCGCGGCGUGGUGGAGGGCGUGUCGGAGAAGUCCACGGCCCCGCUCCUCGGCGGCGCGCUCCGGGACUACGCCUGGACCAACGUGAUGCUGGCGUGGCAGCGCACGGCGUUCCAUUUCCAGCCCCCCAAGAAUUGGAUGAACGAUCCCAACGGUCCAUUGUACCACAAGGGCUGGUACCACCUGUUCUACCAAUGGAACCCGUACUCGGCGGUGUGGGGCAACAUCACCUGGGGCCACGCCGUGUCGCGCGACCUCAUCCACUGGCUGCACCUGCCGCUCGCCAUGGUGCCCGACCACUGGUACGACGCCAACGGCGUCUGGUCCGGGUCCGCAACGCGGCUCCCGGACGGCCGGAUCGUCAUGCUCUACACCGGCUCCACGAAGGAGUCGGUGCAGGUGCAGAACCUGGCCGAGCCGGCCGACCCGUCCGACCCGCUGCUGCUGGAGUGGGUCAAGUCGGAGGCGAACCCGGUGCUGGUGCCGCCGCCGGGCAUCGGGCUGACAGACUUCCGCGAUCCGACGACGGCGUGGCGGAACUCGAACGACUCAGCUUGGCGCAUCACCAUCGGGUCCAAGGACCGGGACCACGCCGGGCUGGCGCUGGUGUACAGGACGGAGGACUUCGUGCGCUACGACCCGCUGCCCACGCUGAUGCACGUCGUGCAGGGCACCGGCAUGUGGGAGUGCGUGGACUUCUACCCUGUGGCAGCCGCGGACCCGGCCGCCGAGGACGGGCUCGAGACGUCCACGGCGCCUGUCCCUGGGGUGAAGCACGUGCUCAAGGCCAGCCUCGACGACGACAACGCCAUCGGCACCUACGACGCCAAGACCGACACUUGGACGCCCGACGACGCGGAGAACGACGUCGGGAUCGGGCUCCGGUACGACUACGGCAAGUUCUACGCAUCCAAGACGUUCUACGACCCCGUCCGGCGGCGGCGCGUGCUGUGGGGGUGGAUCGGCGAGACCGACAGCGAGCGCGCGGACAUCCUCAAGGGCUGGUCCUCCGUGCAGUCAAUUCCGAGGACGGUCCUCCUGGACACCAAGACCGGCAGCAACCUGCUCCAGUGGCCCGUGGUGGAGGUGGAGAACCUCCGGAUGCGGGGCAAGAGCUUCGACGGCGUCGUCCUGGAUCGCGGCUCGAUCGUGCCCCUGGUCGUCGGCAAGGCAACACAGCUGGACAUUGAGGCCGUGUUCGAGGUGGACGCGUCGGCCGUGGAGAGCGUGAUGGAGGCCGACGUGGCGUACAACUGCAGCACCAGCGCUGGCGCGGCGGGGCGGGGCCUGCUGGGCCCGUUCGGGCUGCUCGUGCUGGCCGACGAGGACUUGUCGGAGUGGAUCGCCGUCUACUUCUACCUGGCCAAGGGCACGGACGGCAGCCUCAAAACUUUCUUCUGCCAAGACGAGCUCAGGUCAUCAAAGGCGAACGAUCUAGUCAAGAGGAUCUACGGAAGCUUGGUACCUGUACUUAAUGGGGAAAAUCUUUCAGUAAGAAUACUGGUUGAUCACUCCAUAGUUGAGAGCUUUGCUCAAGGAGGAAGGACGUGCAUUACGUCGCGCGUGUACCCUACAAAACCAAUCUACGAAUCUGCCCGCGUACUCCUAUUCAACAAUGCUACAAACGUUCGCGUCACGGCAAAAUCGCUCAAGAUCUGGGAGCUCAACUCAGCUUACAUCCGACCGUAUUCAAGUUCACUUGAGUAGAGUGACAGCCAAUAAUUUAUGUCUACCUGAAUUCAUUUGUAAUAUAGUACUGGUUUGUUUGCUUAAACAGGCAACGAAGAAGGAAGACAGAGUGCAAUUUUUGGCACAAGAUAAUUUUUUGAAUGAAUAACUUGCAUCGAUA